ACUGCUGAAAGCGAGCGCAGCACUCUGAGGUAAACUUCUACACGAAGCCAUGGCGGCCGCCGUGUCCGUUAGCAGAGCUGCCGGAGAGGAGAAGUGCUACGUUGGUACUAGUGUCACCACCCGUCCGCUUUAUGAACACUGUGAUCACGCCAAAUCAGAACACUGGGCCGCUGAGAAACGCAGAGAGUCCGAGACUGAUCCACAUGAUGAAGAGUGGUCAGCAGGGAGCGAGUGUCCGCGCAGGGCUGAGGAUGAGCUGACCGCGCUGAGCCCCGAGGACAUCGCCAGUCGUCUGGAGAGAACUCGAAGAGAGUUUUACAACCGCCGCAAAAUCAUCAUUAAAAACCUCCCCGCUGAUAUCACCAAUCAGGAGGUUCACGAGUUGUUAAGAAACUAUGACCUGAAGUACUGCUUUGUGGACAAAUACAAAGGAACAGCGUUCGUGACUCUGUUAAAUGGCGAGCAGGCCCAGUGCGCGAUCAAGGAGUUCCACCAGCAAGUGCUGCGUGAACGUGAGAUCUCUGUGCAGCUGCAGCCCACAGAUGCCCUGCUGUGCAUCGCCAACCUCCCACGGUCCUUCACACAGCAGCAGUUCGAGGAGCUGGUGCGGCCCUUUGGAAACCUGGAGCGUUGUUUCUUGGUGCACAGCACGUCGACGGGUCACUCCAAGGGCUAUGGCUUUGUGGAGUACAUGAAGAAGGACUCAGCCGCCAGGGCCAAAUCUGAAUUGUUGGGAAAACAGCUCGGCCCCCGCAUGCUGUACGUGCACUGGACCGAAGUGGGAUCGUUGACUUUCGCUACUCUGCACUCGCGCUGCCUCUGUGUGGACCGUCUGCCUGCCAGCCUCCUGACUGCUCAGGAUCUGCUGAACACCCUGGCUGACAUGCCAGAGCCUAUCUUCUGCCAGCUCGCUCAGGGACAAGAUGGGAGUUUUCGACGAUUUGCCAUUUUGGAGUACUCCACAGCAGAGAUGGCUGAAGAGGUGCAGCGACUAACUGAUGGAAGGCCUGUAGGUGGUAGCCAUAUCCGCGUGUCCUUUUGUGCUCCAGGACCUCCAGGCAGGAGCAUGCUAGCAGCACUCAUCGCUGCACAGACUUUGGCUAUAAACAGGGGAAAGGGUCUCCUUCCUGAACCUAAUGCCAUGCAAAUACUUUCUAGUUUGAGCAACCCGGCGACGCUGAAACUGCUGCUGGCUUCGCUCAAUCAAGGACAGAAACAAGGUCUGCUCGGUGCAGCCCCGGUGAUGCCACUGCUCGCUAACCCUGCCCUCUCUGCUGCUCUGGUGCAGCUGCUGCUUCAGAACCAAGUUCAGCAGCAGGCUGGACUGCUUGGUGAAAACCCUCUGGCCUCUCUUCCUCUUCAACACGGUGUUAAUAUGCUGGGAGAUCUACCUCAUGGUGGCCUGGGUGUGCAAACAGAACCGUUAGGCCCCAUAAAGCCGCCGCCUCUGGGCCGGACACUAGGGAGGGAGCCGGAGUCCACGACCACACCGAGCACUUUCCCCACAAACCCUUCUCCUGCAUUACAGGGCAUGAGCAUUCCACUUCUGGGAAGUGUGCUAGUAGGUGAUGGAUCCACACUGCCAACGUCAUCUUUAUUAGGCGAGCCACCCAAAGACAUCGGCAUGUCCCCAAACCCCUUUCUGAGUGCACCCAGUAUAUUCCCAUCCUCUGCUGCCAACUCCAGGCCCCACCCGUACAGGAAGAGGCCGGUGCUAGGUAGCAUGGCUAACCAGCGGCCCCUCCAGAGCAUCCACCCCAAUUAUAGCCUGCGCUGCCAAGACUCGUACGAGUUCCCAGCAGUUCACCAGGACCACUUCUCUCAUCUAUAUGAGCAGCUGGAGAGUCCGGACAGCACAGGAGCACAUCUGGCCUAUGGAACACAGCACUCGAGACACGGAGCCAUCAAUGAGAGAGCGUCUCCCUUCCCUUACCCAUCUAGCCCUCCUGGCUCCUCCUACUUCGCCUUCGGUGCCCCCGGGACUGCACCCUCCACCCAGCUCAAUAAGGCUGUGGCAAAGCCUCCCAUGAUGCCCUCGAGUGUUUUCUCUGCUGCUCCUGGAAGUGGCGUUAAGACUCCCAUCGGGGGACAGAAGCGCCUCUUCUCGUGGCUGAUUCCGUCUCCAGAGCCCAGUCCUGAGGGUGGCUAUGUGGGUCAGCAUUCUCAGGGCCUUGGGGGUCACUACGCCGACUCCUACCUGAAACGGAAGCGCAUCUUUUAACCCCUGUGCUCAUUGGUGCUGUUAUUGACCCCCGCUGGCUGUGUGAGGAACGGUGUGUGGUGUUUGGCAAUCCAGGAUCUCAGAAUCUUCCUGUUAAUGUGUUCCCUGCUGAUCAGUGGGAGGUUUGUUUGUGAAUGAUUUCAGUGCGCAUGUAAAUUUAUUUUAGUUCCCCAUUUUAAUUUGCCUUUUUAAGUUUUCUUUCAUUAACGCUAAGACCACAGGUACCUCACAACAGGGAGAAAAACAUCCCCCUUUUCCCCCCCAAAUCAGACUUCUUGAUUUUUUUUUUUUUUUUUUUUUUUUUUUUGUGUAUAUAUGAGUAGCAUUCAUGAAUUCCUUUAGUCCAUGGAAACCCCCUUGCCGUGUGUGUGUGAGAGAUGGUCUCAGGUCUGUGUGUGCUUGUCAUCUCUCCCAGCUGCUCUGUUCGUCAGUGUUCAUUGCUUCACCAUGUUUGAUCUGUAUUCCUGUGUUAAACCUGUCCCCGUCCCUCCACAUGUCCCUUUCCCACUUCCUCGGUCACAAGUCCAGGUUUCCUGCACUAAGUGUUGUGUGUUGCACUUGGAGGAUGCGAGUCACAUGAAAUUUGCCUUCCUCGCCCUGUCCUUUCCUCACUAGCCAUUUGUGUUGUACAGUUCUGUAACAUUUUGUCUCCCUCCUUCUGCUUCCUCUCUCCCUGUUUACUCUGCGUUCAGCCUGUAGUUUUGCCCUUACCCUCCCUGAUUCUCACUUGGACCGGCCCCUGUACCCCAGCAGAGGGAGCCGGUGAGCUUUGAUAAACAGUUUUCUUUCUUCUUUUUAUUUUAAAGUACUGGAACAACUGACAGUCUGGAGCAGGCCGGACCUGUGCUCAAAAAUAUUGGUUGAAAUUUUUGUGUGUGGGGUUUUUGUGUUUUUUUUUAAACCCAAUUCUUGCUGCUGUACCUUUUACCAGCUCUAUCUUGACUCCUGUGGGAGGAGUUCUCACUGUUUUUACCCCAUGGCUGGAUUAGGAGCACCAGAUCUGUGACUUGCUUAAGUCUGGCUGACAUUUCCCUUUGUAGUAACUGAAUAUCUCUGGUGUGCUGGAAUUCAUGAUGGAAUCUACAAUUGCUCUAUUGAUGUGUCCAGUGUAAUCUCCCCCACACUCACCAUCUAACCUGGUUAUUUGCUGUGUGCAAACCUGAGCUUGUAUAUUUCUUUUGGAAUAUUACUUUUUCUUUAUCUAGUCUGUACUUGAAUUGGAAAUGCUGCUGUAUAUAUUGUUCUUUCUUUUUUUUUGUACAUUUUGUUGGGGUUUUUUUCCCCUGAAUGAUUAUAUGCAGCAUCUUUCUUGGAGUUUCUACGCCGUAUGGACUACUGCCAUAAUGUAUAGAACCAAAUGGACUUCAUCUGUAUAUUGACUGCUUAGCAAGUGUGCAAUCAUUUGUACAGAGCUGCCACAUGUUUGUGACUUGUAUUUCAGCAAGUAAAUGUUAUUUAAGUUCA